CUCAUACUUAUUUCCAAGGUGCACGUGUGCUCUGAAACAUCUCCGUGCAUUCACCACUGACUGCGAAUUGGAUCGCCUGCCAGCGGACCCGCCUUCCCAGCCCUUCUGGCUCUGCGCGCCCAUCGGAGUGCUCUGGGAAGCCGGCGCGACCACACACAUAAGACGGCUCGCCCGCCCUGUGUCCCCUCCCCACCAUGGCUUCCUCCCCCCAGACCACGCCCGCUCCUACCCGCACCGCGUCCGAGUCGUCCUGGGCCGCGUCCAGAGGGCCUGUCCCACCGCACGCCCACGCACACGGCCGCUGCCCCGUCACCGGCGCCGAGUCGCACGACUACUGCCCGCCCCAGGCCGACGACUCCCGCUCGCCCUGCCCCGCCCUCAACACGCUCGCCAACCACGGCUACCUCCCGCGCGACGGCAAGUGCAUCACCCCCGCCGUCCUCGUCCACGCCCUCCGCGCGGGCUACCACCUCUCCCUGCCCCUCGCCUGGUUCCUCACCCACGGCGGCUUCUACCUGCUCGGCCAGCGCCGCAAGCGCAUCUGCCUCCGCGACCUCAGCCGCCACAACUGCAUCGAGCACAACGCGUCCCUCGUCCACCCCGACGUCGCCUACCGCGACGAGUACGCCCCCGUCGACGUCCACCUCCACAUGCUCGAGGACCUCCUCCGCUACUCCACCGACGGCGCGCUCAUGACGCCCGACGACGUCGCCCGCGUCCGCGUCGUCCGCGAGGCCGCGUACGCCGUCCCCAUGGACAAGGUCCACGCGGAGAUCGCCCGCGGCGAGAUGGCCAUCGUCCUCCAGCUCUUCAACAACCCCGACAACCUCUCCCCGCCCGCGCCGCGCGCCCCGCUCCUCACGCGCAUCCGCCGCGUCUUCGCUCCCCAGCCGCCCGCCCCGCCGCCACCCGCCCCACUCCCCGGCGUGCCGAACCACAUGCUGCGCGUCUGGAUGCACGAGGAGCGCCUUCCCGACGGCUGGACGCCGUACCACCGCGUCGGCCUCCUCCACACGAUCCGCAUGGCGACGCGCCUCCGCCGCUCCAUGCGCGCGCUCCACACCGAGCAGCGCAAGGCCGGGCGCACGCGGUCCAAGACGAUCGACGGCGCCGUCGCCGCGCUCAUCCCUGCACUUACGAUCGCCACGCCGGACGCGGAGGCGCGCAGGCCCUCCGUGGUCGUCGAGACAGGCGACGUCGGCGGAGAGCCGUUGGCCGACGAACGUGCCAACAAGACUACGGUUGAUUCGCCGACGGCGCUGGAUACCCCGAGGAGCACCAUGACGCGGAACAGCACCCUCGCGUCGAGUGCGUCAUCCGAUGGCUUGCGCACGCCCCUGGACGUGCCCCUCCCCGCCCCUGCUCUCAGCGGCGGCGGCGUCAAGGAGAGCGUGUAUCCGGUGCGCGAAGAGGAGGAGGGUAUCCUCGACAUGAUCAGGGAGCGCGCCCGCAUGAUCGAAGUCGUUGAGUGAGCGGUGUCGGCAGGUCUCUCUCCUACUAUGCGCGGCUUAAUUAUGUAGUGCUCGUAUUGAUCCUGUACAGAUGUCUGGACGGCAGCAUCACUUACGCUCCACAGGUUCAAUCGGUGCCCUGAUAGAGCUCGCCAGAGCUUCCUACGCCGUUCUUGUGCACGGCAGGCCGGCAACAUCGACUCAAAUGAUAAUCUAGCAGUUGAAUGUACCAAAGAAAGGCUUUCCAUGCUAUGAAUACUAGUGCUGCUUCCAGAGUCGCUCAAAAG